AUGGCAGAUAAGAUGAUGAAGUUUUGGCCUUACUGGGUUUUGUUUGUUUUAGUAGCUGGAAGACAGAGAAACGUAAGAUUAGUAAGCUUUCUACUAGCCAUCACCUUUGUAAUUCAUGCAAUAAUCCAAACUAUAUGUUCACUUCAGUUCAGUUGCUCAGUUGUGUCCACCUCUGCGACCCCAUGGACUGCAGCACACCAGGCCUCCCUAUCCAUCAUCAACUCCUGGAGUUUACUCACACUCAUGCCCAUUGAGUCGGUGAUGCCAUCCAACCAUCUCAUCCUCUGUCAUCCCUUUCUCCUACCUUCAAUCUUUCCCAGCAUCAGGGGCUUUUCAAAUGAGUCAGCUCUUCGCAUCAGGUGGCCAAAGUAUUGGAGUUUCAGCUUCAACAUCAGUCCUUCCAAUGAAUAUUCAGAACUUAUUUCCUUUAGGAUGGACUGGUUGGAUCUCCUUGCUGUCCAGGGGACUCUCAAGAGUCUUUUCUAA